UGGGGCAGGUCCUGUGUAGUCCUGAGACGCCGCGAGGAUAGACGCAGCGGGUGGGGCACUGGAUGGAGGCGGUGGCGUCCGCAGCAACGGUCGGGGCUGCGGGUGAAAAAGUAGCCGUGUAGGCACUUAGAGAUCGAAGCAGCAGCAGGGACUGCAUGGCGGGAGACCGGGUCCGCUGGGUUCCCUGAGGUGCGCUCCCUGAAACCCCGGGGAGCCGUAGCCCAUGGGAUCGCUGAGCAGCCGAGUGCUGCGCCAACCGGGGCGAACCCAUGCCCAGCAGGAGCCGGGUUCCAGGACUGGGGGCUCGGCCCGAAGGCCGGAGACUGGUGGCGACGCGGCCGGCCAAGGUUUCUGUUACUGCUCCGGCAGCCGCAAGCGCAAGCGGAGCAGCGGGGCCCUCUGCUACUGUCACCCCGACUCCGAGACAGAGGAGGAUGAGGAGGAAGGGAAUGAGCAGCAGCGUCUCCUCAACACUCCUCGAAGGAAAAAAUUAAAGAGUACAUCCAAAUAUAUUUAUCAAACAUUAUUUUUGAAUGGUGAAAAUAGUGACAUUAAGAUUUGCGCUCUAGGAGAAGAGUGGAGCUUACACAAAAUAUAUUUAUGUCAAUCUGGCUACUUUUCUAGUAUGUUCAGUGGUUCUUGGAAAGAAUCUGGCAUGAAUACUAUUGAAUUGGAGAUUCCUGACCAGAAUAUUGAUAUAGAAGCACUACAGGUUGCAUUUGGGUCACUGUAUCGAGAUGAUGUUUUAAUAAAGCCCAGUCGAGUUGUUGCCAUUCUGGCAGCAGCUUGUAUGCUACAGUUGGAUGGUUUAAUACAGCAGUGUGGUGAGACAAUGAAGGAAACAAUUAAUGUGAAAACUGUAUGUGGCUAUUACACAUCAGCAGGGACCUAUGGAUUAGAUUCUGUAAAGAAAAAGUGCCUUGAAUGGCUUCUAAACAAUUUGAUGACUCAUCAGAAUGUUGAACUUUUUAAAGAACUUAGUAUAAAUGUCAUGAAACAGCUCAUUGGUUCAUCUAACUUAUUUGUGAUGCAAGUGGAGAUGGAUGUAUACACAGCUCUUAAAAAGUGGAUGUUCCUUCAACUUGUGCCUUCUUGGAAUGGAUCUUUAAAACAACUUUUGACUGAAACAGAUGUCUGGUUUUCUAAGAGGAGAAAAGAUUUUGAAGGUAUGACCUUUCUUGAAACUGAGCAAGGAAAACCAUUUGUGUCAGUAUUCAGACAUUUGAGGUUACAGUACAUUAUCAGUGAUUUGGCCUCUGCAAGGAUUAUUGAACAAGAUUCUCUAGUACCUUCAGGAUGGCUGUCUUCUGUGUAUAAACAGCAGUGGCUUGCCAUGCUCCGGGCAGAACAAGACAAUGAGGUGGGGCCUCAAGAAAUCAAUAAGGAAGAACUAGAGGCAAAUAGCAUGAGGUGUGGUAGAAAGCUUACCAAAGAUGGUGAAUACUGCUGGCGGUGGACAGGUUUUAACUUCGGCUUUGACCUGCUUGUAACUUAUACCAAUCGAUACAUCAUUUUCAAACGCAAUACACUGAAUCAGCCAUGUAGUGGAUCUGUCAGUUUACAACCUCGAAGGAGCAUAGCAUUUAGAUUACGUUUGGCCUCUUUUGAUAGUAGUGGAAAACUAAUAUGUAGUAGAACAACUGGCUAUCAAAUACUUACACUUGAAAAGGAUCAGGAACAAGUAGUGAUGAAUUUGGACAGCAGGCUUCUGAUCUUCCCUCUGUAUAUCUGCUGUAAUUUCCUGUAUAUAUCACCAGAAAAAAGAACUGAAAAUAAUCGUCAUCCAGAAAAUCCAGAAAACUGAGGAUCUUAUUGAUUGGAAACAGUAGCACUUUGAAAACUUUUUCAGCCAGCUUUAACUUAAUGGCCCUAUGAUGUUCACAUCUAAGGUGACUAACAAUGACAAAGGCCUUAUGAACUGUACAGGUAAUACGGAAGACUAUUCUUCAUCACAUUUCUAUACAUACAUUAAAAAAAAAUUGAAGCCAAGAAGAUAUCUGUCAAUCCAUUUCUGCUAUAAACAUGUCAGCUCAUGCUUUUAAUUUACCAUCAGUAGAAAAUCACUAUAGGUGUAUUUCAUGUUUCUCUGCAACCAAAUAUAGAGUUAAUUUUUAGCUUAAACUUUGAUCCUACCUAAUGUUAAUGUACUCAGUUAUCCAUCUGUAAAUUUAUUUUGUUUGUCUGAAAGAAGACUAAAGAAACAAUUUGAAAGGCCAAUUAUCAAUGAUCUUUCAGUUGAUGUAUUUAAAGCUGUCAUUUAAUUUUUUUCAAUUGCUCUUUAUGAUUCCUCCUACUAUCCUUCUAAUAUGUAGUUGUUUUUAGUCAUUAAAUACUUUUUUCAUGGCUUUGGAGACUAAGCUGAGGAAACUUUUUAUUUAACUUACCCAUUUGUAUGCUAUUUUAAUUUUGUUUUUUUAGUCUUUUAACCACCACAACAACAAUAAAUCAGUUUCAGACUUUCAGAUGAACUGGAAUGGGAGAAGUCAGUGUGACUCUGAGUAUAUUGCUUUGCCUUACAUGGUCUCUUCUUUGACAUGCUGUACAACUUUAUUAUUAUGUCAAAGAUUAUUUAUGUAUCAAACAUCACACUUUAAACAUUUUAUAGUCUAAUCUUUAGAAGUAUUUAUGUUCAAAUUUUGGUUGGGAAUCCUAUUUCCUACUUAAGCUCAGGACUUUAUAACCUCUGAAUUGAGUGCCUUUGAGUUACACAUGCUAAUAGAAGUUUCAUAGUAAUUGUAAAUAAAGUUGAAGGAUGUCAUAGAAGCUGGUAAUAAAGCAUUAAUGUAAAAUAGAACUUAUUUUUGUCAAAAAUGAGAUGUACACUUGUCAUGAUUUAUAUAUGUUGGCUUCUUGUGUUUACCGUCAUUUUGAAAAUAGCCAUGCUCCUUGUCUUUCCCGUCAAAGUGAAUACUUUUUUGUGGUUAAUGUAUAUUUUUAGUAUGUUUUAAAAAAAUGGCAAUCACUUUUAUGUAUCUGUACAUAUAAUAAAUACCCAUUUGGAAAAAGAA